AUGCAUAAGAACUUCUCUGGAAUAGUUCUUAAAAAGUUCUCUGAGGAAGAAGAGGAAGAGGAGGAAUUAGUGGAUCCCCUGACAACAAUGAGAGAGCAAUGUGAGCAGCUGGAGAAAUGUGCAAAGGCCAGGGAACAUCUAGAGGCCUGUCAUGUGCGUGUAUCAUCUCGAUCACAGACAAAAGAGGAUUGCACAGAUGAGCUCUUUGACUUCUUGCAUGCAAGGGACCAUUGUGUGGCCCACAAACUCUUUACCAGCUUGAAGUAAAUUUGCAGACUCACUCCAGACUAUCAAAUGGGCAUCAGGAUAUUAACCUUCUGGUUUUGAACGUGUCAUUUCUAAUGUGUACAACUAUAAAUUCCUAUGGACUUUGGAUUCUGGUUUAGGAGUAUCUAUGUAAUUAGUAGUGAUGUAUCUUAAUAAAGU